AGGUAUAGUGCUUGUAAAAAUGUAUAUAAAUAGAAUGUUUGUAGAAGGGAGAGCUAGUCCGGCAAGAACGUAGAAGUUGAGAAUACGGCCAAAAUAAAUUCGAAUUCUAUAACCCUACAGAGUAACGAUUCUUAUGACUUCCAAUAUUAAAGCAAGUCAGCAUUUAGUAACCCUGAACUAUUUGCAUAGGAAGAGUAAACCAAGAGAACCACAUACUUUAACCAAUAAGCUCACAUAAAGCAAAACAAAUAUAGAAAAUGUCGUGUUAUUCGCGUGAGACGGAAUUAAGGCAUUUGCAUCAGAAGGACACUUAUGAAUUGUCUUUAAUUCUGGAUGACAACGAGGGGUGGCUUGAUCUGAUACAAGUUAUACCAAAAAAAAUUGACAACGAAAGCUUUAAUGCAGAUGAGUCGAUUGACGCGGAAGAAUUUCUUCCUAUCAGUGAGCGCAAAUACAAUAAUGACCACAUACGGCUUAUCCAGAAUGCCGUCCAAUAUCACGGAGACUCGAGGCUAUUUUCCGAAAUUCUUUUCGACGAAUGGGGUACGUCGGGACGUAAACACGAACGUCCAACUUUGGGAGUUUUGCUGAAUCUCCUACUGAAAGCCAAACUUAUCAGAGCUGCUAAUUUUCUAGCUAAGGAUUUGUUAAAAGAACCAUUACCGCGACCAACAACAGGAGCUGCAGUGAAAAUUGCGGACACGUCGUUACCUAGUGAAAUUUUCAAGGAUAUAGAGGACAUGGUCUUCGAUAGCGAAUUUUACCCUACAACUGAGAUGUUGAACAAAAAUGAUCAAAGUUUAAUGGAUAACAAUAAAGAUUACUGUACCAAGUAUUUCAAUGACAAAAAUCUAACAACAACUGAUAGUGUCCCUCCUAAGCCACCUCCAAGGUUAUUAAAAUCGUCAAGGCUUCAAAUUCAGCAACAAAAUUCAAUACAAACGCUUGGAAUUGUCAACAAUGAGGAAAAUGAAAAUAUUAACACCGCCGCACCAAAUGAACAAAAUAUAUCGCCAAGAAAUGGUCAGACUGUGUCCAAACUGAUGUCGCCAAGCACAUCAGCUCUUAAUUUACCGCUCUUAAGUAUUUUAGUGAAACCUAGAGGCAAAAGAAAUGACGACAAAGACAUGCGAAAUGUCGAUGCUUUAGAACGAAGGCAAACCAAUGCGUUCCAGAAAAAUGAGGAGGAUUGCGUUAAUAGGCAAAAUGAAAAUACCUUGGAUUCUAAUUUGCCACUAUUGAGCAUUUUUGAAAAGCCUUUCAAGCCAAAAACUGAAGAAGUUAUUGAUAGGAAGCUAACAAUAGACGGAAACUUAUCAAGUAUUAACGAUGAUGAUCACGUUGUACAGAAAAGUGAAAAGAACAUGAAAAGCCAAACAACGGUUACCGAUAAAGAGGAUAAAGCAAAUGCCAUCACAAAAGCCCAGUUUGCAGUCAAUUCUAAUUUACCUUUAUUGAGCAUUUUUGAAAAAUAUAAAAAUGUUAGUAAUGGUAGCCCGACCGGAUACCCUAUACAACAAAACGCCGAACCAUUACAUGGCGAAGGUGUAAUUGAAAGUGAAAGAAAUGUACCUUUAUUGUCUACUCUGAGGAAUACGGAACGCAAAGCGGACGCCAGCUCACCAGCUCCAUUGACAAAUAAUUCAUUUGUUGAUCCUAAUUUACCGUUAUUAAGCAUUUUAACAAAACCCAAUAAACUGCAAACUGAAAAGCGGAGUAAUCACGAUCAUACGGACAAUUAUAAUGAAGAAGAGCUACCAAGCUUAAGUAGACUUAACCUGAACGGAGCGUGCAAUGAUAAAGUACUUGAAAGAGAUCGUUCAACAGGAAACAAUUCCAACUUCCUCGAGAUGAAAGCAAACAAUAAUGAAGGUAGUGUACCAUUGCUUGUCUUGGACGAUGAUUUCAAUAUGAAUAAAAAUAGUGACCGUGAUACCAACGAUAUAGAGGGUGAUGGCGAAGAGGAUGAUGACAAUUCCCUACCAAAUCUUAGCAUUUUUGAUCAGGCCAGUUCUAAUAACGAUUCCAGUUUAACUAAUGUCACUGGCACAAGUGGUGAAAAUAGUUUUGAUCUCAGUUUAAAUGAUUGCAGUUCAGCUUCGGAUAAUGUACCCAGCUUAGGUGCUUUAAAACAGGGCUUCUUGCUUUAUUACGCAAACUUCGACCGAAUCCUGAUACCGAAGCUCGAAUUUUAUUACUUGGUCUCGAUAAUGCUGGGAAAACAACCAUUCUAAAGCAAUUGGCGAACGAAGAAAUUACAACGGUAACGCCAACAGCCGGUUUUAAUAUCAAAUCAGUAGCCGCUGACGGUUUCAAAUUAAAUGUUUGGGAUAUUGGUGGCCAAUGGAAGAUACG